AUGGGCUGGGCUAGGCCCAAUUCCUUAAAACUCAGAAAUCAGCCCAGAUUUCCAGGCCCAGUCCCUUUUCAUUUUAUUUUGAAUCAAACUUUCAAGGGCAUUUGUGUGAAUGGACAAGACAGACUUCGAACAGUGCCUCUAGUAUUCACAUCACAAUUCAUCCCUCAACCCUUAUCCUAUCUUCUUCUUUUUCAUCACUGCUCUCAUCUCUCUCUAAUACGCAAUGGCUUCAGCGUUGUCCUCCGUCGCUCUGUACCCCCUCAUUAUUCUUCCCACCCCUCCGUUACAUUUCCCAAACAAUCCCUCGAUUUUCCCCUCAAAAACAGCACCACUCUACUUCGCCGCCGCGCCACCUCCAUCCGCCCUCUCGCUGCCGUCGACGCCCCUGAAAAAGUCGUCGAGCUUGGGGACCAGAUCUCAAACCUAACCCUUGCUGAUGCGCAGAAGCUCGUUGAGUACCUCCAAGACAAGCUCGGCGUCUCCGCCGCGUCCUUCGCCCCCGUUGCUGCCGUAGCUGCGGCGCCUGCGGCAGGCGAGGCGCCCGCAGCCGUUGAGGAGAAGACGGAGUUUGAUGUUGUGAUCGAGGAUGUUCCUAGCAAUGCUAGAAUUGCCACCAUUAAGGUGGUUAGGGCUUUGACCAACUUAGCUUUGAAGGAAGCGAAGGAAUUGAUUGAAGGAUUACCGAAGAAAUUUAAGGAGGCAGUGUCGAAAGAGGAAGCUGAGGAGGCGAAGAAGCAGCUGGAAGAGGCCGGCGCCAAGAUCGCCAUUGUUUAGUGUGGCUGCUCAGUUAAUGAAAAACAAUUGAGAAAGGAAUUGGACGUAUGUUUUGUCGAUUUAUUUUUUUAGUUGAGUUAAAAUAUAUGUAGAUGGAGUGAUUGUGGAUUCGUAUUUAAUUUCAACCCAACUUUCUCUUCCA